AAACUAAAUGCUCAAAUAAAUUUCAAAAACCAAUAUGUAGAAGCUGUAGACAAAAUUGCAUCUAUUGUACAAAUGCGUUUCACAAAUGUGUGGAUAUCAAAUGAUAAAAUUUUCAAGUUAACCAAAGCAGGAAAGGAGCAUGAUCAUGCUCUUCGUAUCAUUCAAGACCAUAAAUGUUGAUAUGUUGAUAAAGUAACGAAAAUUCUAAGUAAUCGCGCAAAAAAAAUGGAAUGGCAGCUGAAACAUGAUCGGAACUUCAACAAAUCGCCGAAUAAGAAACAGGUCCUACUGUACUUAUUGCUCGAUAUAUCUAAAAGCGGAACUGUACAUCUUUUUGAUGCGGAUAUUUGUGACGAGGUAAAUACUUUUAUGUAUGCCGGAUAUGACACGAUGGCUACCAGCAUAUCCUGUACGCUUUACGCGUUGGAGCGAUAUCCCGAGUAUCAGAAAAAGAUCUUGGACAAAUAUUACAAUGUAUUAGGCACAACAGAAGUCACAUUGCACAAUAUCCAUAAAUUAACAUGGCUGGAUGCCCUGUAUUAAAGAGCAAUGGAAAUAUAUCCAGUAGCACCGCUCAUAGCAAGUCAGAUUUACAAACCAAUUUAAGUAAUGGGUAACGAAAUUCCACCAGGUUCCACAGUUCUCAUCAAUUCUUAUCUGCUGCAUCGUGAUCCUCGUCACUUUCCCGAUCCGCAUAUUUAUCGUCCGGAGCGUUUCUUGCCGGAUAGCCCAAAAUUACCUCCUUACACUUUCAUCCCUCUCAGCGCUGGAUCACGAAAUUGUAUCGGCUCGAGAUUUGCCACAUCGGUCAUCAAAGUGGCUGUGUUAUCCGUGCUAAAAGCUUUCCGCGUGGAGGCUUGUGAUACAGAAGAUCAAUUGCGCUUCAUAUCGGAAUUAGUACUUUUAAAUGCAAACGGACUUCGUCUAAAAAUAACACCACAUUAG